ACAAGGCUAGAGACAGUGAGAGAGAGAGAGAGGCAGACUGUCACCGAUGAGUAUCGGGUUCACUUAAAUAGUGUGUUUUUAUCGCUGCUGUGAGUCCAUGACAACAGGUCACACUCGGACACCACCUCUGUCGGGAUAUGUCGUUUCUAUAGUGUGUUGUUGUGCUGUCAUUCACCGCUGAGGAGACACCAGGCUUUUGGCAAAGGCAUACUCCGCUGCAAAAGACCCGCCAGACCAUGAACUACGUGGGUCAGCUAGCAGGCCAGGUGUUUGUCCAGGUCAAAGAGCUGUACCGAGGCCUUAACCCUGCAACCCUUUCCGGCUGCAUUGACGUGAUUGUAGUGAGACAGCCCGAUGGAUCGCUGCAGUGCUCGCCUUUCCACGUUCGCUUCGGCAAGAUGGGUGUGCUGCGGUCCCGAGAGAAAGUGGUGGACAUGGAGAUCAAUGGAGAACCAGUGGAUCUACAUAUGAAGCUUGGGGACAAUGGAGAGGCAUUCUUUGUGCAGGAAACAGAAAACGAUCAGGAAGUAGUUCCCUCCUACCUGGCCACCUCUCCUAUCUUGUCAGACGGGGCCCUCCUGAUGAGCUCCUCCCUGAUGGGUAAGAAGAGCUCCGGGCCGCUCAUACAGACCCUGGGCUCCACGGGUAGUGCAGGAGAGAAUGGUGGUGUGAUGAUGAAGAAGAGAAGGAAGAGGAGGAGGAAGGCUCGGGCGGACAGCAUGAGGAGGGAGGAGAGCGGGGACUACUCUGAGGACGAUGACAUGUUCACCAUAGACAUCAGCUCGGACGAGGGGACGGAGAUGGAGAGCAACAGGACUUCAUCGCGGGACGUCUUGAGAGACGAGACGACCAGCGGCUCUUUCAAACAGACUAGCAUCUACACUCGCUCAGAUGGAGAGUGGAGCCCCAUUCAGAGCCCUGGAAACUCUCGUCCUACCUCUCCCAAGAGUGACUCUGAACUGAUGACCAAGCCGUCAGACGCAGAAAGUCAGAAUCCGGCCAUGCACUGGGCGUGGGGAGAGCUGCCACAGGCUGCCACGCCGUCCUUCCUCCCGGUAAAAUCCAACCCUCCACCAGUCUGCCCCGUAUCCAUCCCUGUGUCCGAGAGCACACACUUCCGUGUGAUAACUCACGAGACGUCUGCAGAACAGUGCGGACCCUGCUCUGAAAUAUCAGCACUCACACUGCUAAUGACAGAGACAACUGAGGAAAUGGUCGUCACGGUCGGGAUGGAGUCGGAAACCAUGAGGAUGGAGUCGCAGACGGCUGGAGGUGCAGAGACGCAGACAGCCGGAGGGGCAUCAGCUCGUAUGAUGUCCGACAUGGAAGAGACAAUGCCUCGUCUGCAGGGCAAGACAGACUCCCCAUCCAAGAGAAAAGACAAACGAAGCCGACAUCUUGGUUCUGAUGGAAUUUACCUGGAUGACAUCACAGAGCUCGAGCCUGAGGUGGCGGCCCUUUAUUUCCCUAAGAGUGACAGUGGUGCAACAGUGAGGAGCAUCUCAGACCCGGGCCUCCACAGCACCAGUCUGUCCCCGCAGUCGCUCAGCUCCGGAGGAGACAGCGGAGUGGACAGUUACUGCGACCCCAUGGCCGACUUACCGUCCAUCACUAUCUCUUUGUGUGGAGGACUCACUGACAACAGGGAGAUCACGAAAGAGCAGUUCCACGAGAAGAUCAUCUCUUACCAAAAGUUUUCAGAAAACCCCUCCAUCAUCGACGACCCCAAUUUAGUCGUGAAAAUCGGCUCCAAGUACUAUAAUUGGAGCACUGCAGCUCCACUCAUGCUGGCUAUGCAAGCUUUUCAGAAACCGCUGCCAAAGGCUGCAGUGGAGAACAUCAUGAAGGAGAAGAUGCCUAAAAAAGGAGGGAGGUGGUGGUUCUCCUGGCGUGGCAGAAACAGCAGCACCAAAUCGGAUUCAGUCUCUGAGCACGGGGUCUGUGACUCUGCUGAGCAGGCUGGACAAAUCAGACAUAAAGAAGAGUCGUCCUCCAGUGAUGAAGACCACAGGGCAGCCAAACAGGGUUCUCCCAACGUCCAAUCAGAGCCUGGGCUCUCGACGGGAGGCGUGUCUUAUAAGAAGACACUCCGACUCACCUCAGAGCAACUGCUGUCCCUCCAGCUGCAGGAUGGUCCUAACGAUGUUGUGUUCAGCGUGACCACACAGUACCAGGGAACCUGUCGCUGUCAGGGCACCAUCUACCUCUGGAACUGGGACGACAAGAUAAUUAUCUCAGACAUAGAUGGAACCAUCACCAGGUCAGACACACUGGGUCACAUCCUGCCCACACUUGGGAAAGACUGGACACACCAGGGCAUUGCACACCUCUACCACAAAGUCAGCCAAAAUGGCUACAAGUUCCUGUACUGUUCAGCUCGAGCUAUCGGCAUGGCUGACAUGACCAGAGGCUACCUCCACUGGGUCAACGAGAGAGGCACCAUGCUCCCUAUGGGCCCAGUCCUCCUCAGCCCGAGCAGCCUCUUUUCAGCUCUGCACAGGGAGGUGAUUGAGAAGAAACCAGAGAAAUUCAAGGUGGAGUGUCUCAACGAUAUCAAGAACCUCUUCCACCCCAACAAACAGCCGUUCUAUGCAGCGUUUGGCAACAGACCGACGGAUGUAUUUUCCUAUAAAGAAGUAGGAGUGCCACUAAACAGGAUUUUUACAGUCAACCCUAAAGGCGAGCUGGUGCAGGAACAUGCCAAGACCAACAUCUCAUCUUAUGUACGCCUCGGUGAGGUGGUGGAUCACGUGUUCCCAUUGAAGAUGCGAUCCUCCUCCUCAGACUUCCCCUGCUCGGACACCUACAGCCACUUCACCUUCUGGAGGCAGCAGCUCCCUCGGGUGGAGCAUCAGGGAACUACACCUCCACAGACUCCCAGCCCUGGAAGCUGACUACCUGUGGCCUGCUGAGCAGCUCCUUCACAGGCACUGACUGACUGAUGGUGUGCCUGAGAUCUAGCACUCAUUUGUGUGGAUGUGUGUCAUGUAAAUCUGUAGAUCUUUGUAGAUGGUGGAGCACUUUUAGUGGACAGCUAAUCUGCUGUGAAUAUAACGCACAAGAUGGAUGUAAGCGCACUUUUAUGAAAAGAAGGAGUCUGUAGCCUUCUGACUAGAUGUAUGUAUAUGAGAAAGUAUAGUAAUUUAUUCAGGCAGCUUAGCAUAUAUAUUAUUUUUGAGUAAGUGACUUCAGUAGCUAGACUUUCUAAUCUAUAUAUGCAGACAGAUGCAAACUGUAUUUAACAGACAAUAUACUGAUGGUAUCUGUUGACAAGUGCAUCAUACAGAACACACUGUGCAGAUAUCAGAGAGCAAGUUACUUCAACUUGUGCCAAACACUCAAUGUAGAAUUUAUUUUCUUACUCUGAACUUUUCCAGUCAAGACUGUUACGAAUCCUCAAUCAGCAUGGAAAUGCAGAUAUAUAUACAUGCAGGCUAAUUUCACUUUAUAGCAACAAGUGUGUGCGCGUGUAAUCUAUUACUGUGUUUGAGUAUUAGUUAUAUAGUACACUGACAUGUAUUACCAGAGCACAAUGAAUGAAUGAUUGUCCGUGUAGCUUGAUAUCAUAAUGUGUCGAGGACGAGAAUCCUGACAUGAGGUACGUCAUGAAAACAAAUUGAAUAUUUAUUGUUGCUGAAGAGAACAACGUUUUUAUAGGUCAUAAUAACCAUCGGUUUUCUCUCAAAAUCAACAGCAACUGUGAGGCGGAUUGCUGAAUUCUGUUUUUAUUUUUCUAUUGAAAUCACACAGUGUGUGUGUGUUGUGAUCAGAACGUCAUUUCUGUGGUGACCUUUGUGAAACGUCUUUUAAUUUAUCCACGCAGUUACAUUUCAUACAAUAACACAGAUAUCAUCCGGUCUAUGUGACUGUUCCUUUCUCUAAGGUUUAUGCUCAUUUUCAUACAUGCCAUUAAGUAUAUUUUAUGUACUCAUCUGAUUAGAUACUGAUUGAUAUUUGUAGCUUACACUUGCACCCAUUGGUUCAUUUAGUGUACUGUUACUACCAUUUCCUUCUUCACUUAAAGAGAACAAAACCCAGAUCUGAAAAAUCUUAUCAGAAUCUCCACAAUUUAGAGAGGACAGUGAAUCAAAAAGGGAUCUGUAUGUUUUAUAACCCCCACAGAAAAGAACAUGAGGUCACAUGCAGUAUAUGAGCAGGAGCUGCUAUUAUUGUGACCUGUGAAUAUAACCACCUGAACAGUAUCAAUCACAGUACGCGUGUGUAAGUUCAUGAAAGAGGAUGUGUGUGUGUGUAUAUAAAGCUUUAGCACUCUUGUUAUUCUUUCCAUGAAAGAGCUGAAAUAGCCUGAACGCGUGUUAUCUUUGCCUUAACUGUGAAUUAUUAAUAAUCAUGUUUGUUCAUUUACUCCCUCCUCUUCUGUUGACCAGUUCACUGUUACAAUUGGUGUAAUCAAACACAAUAAAAAUGCCUUGGUAAAU